GCCUUUCUAGCGCGGCAGGCGGCGCCAGACGGCGCCGCCGUCAUGGGGGCGCACAGGCGCUUCCGUUUCCCGACUUCGAGCUCGUUCUCCCCCCCUCACCUCGGCGUCCGGCGUCGGCGUCUGCUACGGAAGGGAGUUCGAGCUCUACCCUCGCGGCACCAGCAGGCAGCGGCCGUAGCAACGGUGACGUAGAGAGUGAGCGGUUCGCGGAGAGCUCGCAGCUGAGCGAGUACGUUCGGCGGACUGCGAUGACAACGAUCGCGGCCGCCGUUAAGUUCAUCUCGUAAUACGCCACGCAACGUGAGACCGUCGGUGCCGGCCUGAAGAUCGUCGUCCGCGUCGUGGUUAAAUCUCGCCAUCCAGACGUGCUCCUGGCUUAGGCCUCCUUUUCUCAGCCGUCUGCUCCUGGAUAUCUUCGAGCCGCUCGCCGGAAAACGACGACAAAAGAACCCACAUCGCCAAUCGUCAGCGCAGCACUGUCCGUCGUCGACUGUGUUUUAAUGCCUUCCCGCCGCCGCUUGGCACGUCGGCCGCCCGACGCCGUGGCCCCACAGUCCGAGGAACCGCGACCCACCCACCGAAGUCGCUCAGAAUGUGACGUCGGCGGAACCUAGGAGUCGUCGCCCGUCGAGCAACAACACGCGCCCGCGGCAGCGAUUCCAACGCAGCAGCGGCGGCGCGGGGAGUCGGCGUUGCUUCAACAGUGAUACUCUACAAACAAGACCCAUUCACGUCCAGGCAAGCCUCUGGGAGACAAAUUGAUGCGCUUUAGACAGGGUUGAUCUGCGCCGUUGCACGCGCUUCCGGGGAGAACUGAAGCGGGAAGAAUGCUCGAGCUCACCGACGAGGAUCGACUGAUCCUGGUGGCGUCGUGCGCGGGCCUCGUCACCGCCACCAUCCUGGUCACGGUGUGCGUGGUGACGCCCCACUGCUGGCUCUACCGGUGCAUCUGGGGACGCGAGGAAGAGAAAGAGAAGCGCAAGAAGCUCUACUACGGCACCGACGUGAUCCCGCUGCCGGCAUGUCCCGUGUCCACCAAGUCCGUGCCAGCCAGCGGCGAGGCAAAAGGCGCCGAAGGUGGCGGACUGGUGGGUGCUGGCGGCGUGGGUGGCUCCCUGGUCCUGCUGCCCUUCGUGCGCAGCCGGGCUGCCCGUGAUUCUACCUACAGCAGCAUGUCCACCGCCAGCAGUCGCGGAGAAGCGUCCGUAUACAGCGACAACUCGGCUGACGUGGCUGGCAGCGUGCAAGGCCAGGAGGAUGCUCCACCGAUGUUGGGCAAGGUGACCAUACUACUCCGAUUCCAGGCAGCCUCGCCCACGGUCUCAACGACGCAGGGAUUCCCGCCGGGGAAGCUAUUCGUCACCAUACGGGAGGCACAGAACCUUCCUCCGAAGCCUCACGGCGUCGUGUGCGACCCCUACAUCAGCUGCAAGGUGAUGAAAGGCCGCAUCAAGAAGCCUCGCCGCGGCAGCACUGGCCUCCGGCGACCCAGCUGCAUCGGCCUCGGCAGCUCGGGCCACUGCCUGGGCCAGUACCAGACGCAGACCAAGCGCAAGACGCAGAGCCCGCUCUACAACGAGACCUUCUCGCUGGACCUGGCCAGGGGAGAGUUGAAGGACUCGUCCCUUUACUUGGCCCUAUUCGACAUGGACAAGUGCUCCAAUGACACCGAAGUAGGAGAGGUGAUCGUUCCUCUAAAAGAAGUCGACAAGCUGGUUGAAGAUCCCUCUGAGCACAUGCUAGAAUUGGAACUGAAGGAGCCUAAGCAGUACAAGGGGGAAAUACUCUUUGGCCUGAGCUACCUGCCAACAGCCGAAAGGCUUACCUUUACCAUUAUGAAGGCCAGCAAUCUGACGUCGCCCAUGAACAACCUCGAGUCGUUCUAUCCCUGCGUCCGCGUGCUCCUGUUCCACAGCGGGAAGCUGCGCAAGAAAAAGAAGACCGCGUCCCAGCACGCCACUCUUUGUCCCGUAUACAACGAGUCGCUGACGUUCGACGUGCCGCAGGCCGAGCUUGACAACGUCGUCUUCCUGGUGGUGGUCAGCCACCGGGACCCCGCGCAGACCGUCUCGUCUCCGGACUCGCCCACCACUCCCGUGGCCGGAGCGCCGCAGCAGCAUGUCGGCAAGGUGGUCGUCGGAGCCUGCGGUCGUGGCAGCGUACUCCACCACUGGAACGCCAUGAAGCAGAGCCCGCGCAAGCAGGUCACCCAGUGGCACACACUCCGGUGAAGGGAAACAGCUCCGCGGGAAGCGCAGGGCGGUGUACACAUGGACUCCGGAGUUACUGGUGUGGACAUUGGAAAAAAAGGCAGCGCGCAAGUCGGAAUUGUCGAAUGGGUAUUCCGUCGCGCAAACACCAAAGUCACCUAUGGGCGGUGGUACUCCUUUUCAGUGCUUCGAAGUUGCUAAGCGGGAGCAAUUGUGUUUCGAAUGGAAGGAGUGACCAUUAGAAAAACAGAAGUCGCUGGAUCAAGUUUUCUUUCCUGCUGUCACACCUUUUGAGCUUGAGAUGUCAGGGGUGUUUUAGAGGCACUUCCGAGAGAGAAGAAAAAAAAAAGAGAAUACCGGAAAAUCUCCUGAUGCACGAGAAUAUCAUUUGCUGCUUUGAGGGGAAAUGAAAAUAUUGGUGCAACUUACGUAGAUAUUUGCGGUUUCCCAUCAAUAUCCAGCCCCGGCGGUAACUUGAGAAAACAUCUGCAUUUCCCUGUGGCUUUUCUAGCCUCAGGCUCUGAAAACAGCUCCGUGCACAGUGGUUUGCAGUUGGGCAGUAGCCAACGCGAAAAUAGUGCAACAGCGCUCGGUUUGCAGGUCUGAAUGUUAUCGCUCUAUCCAUUGAUGAGAACCCAGUGUCCCGACGCUAGUCACGUGUUUUGUUGCAUUUAUGUGGUAGUUGCAGCGAAAUGCUUUGGUUGCUGCGCUGCGUUGCUUUCCAAUACGCGUCCAUUCAGUCUGGAGAUGUGUAUUUUGACCAGCUUGAGUUUAUUGUUCUAAGAGAUCACUUACGAUCUUUGGCAGCCUUGAAGAAGAUAUUUUGAAGAAAAAAAAAGUCCACUUAGUUAUUUUUUUAUAAAUUGGGAAGCGGAUGGAUUUCGCGAAAGCGUAAGAGUAACAAGUGCGGGGAAGUUGCGAAGACUGCGUCUAGCUGGUCCUGUGCUAUGCGCGAAGGAAUCCAUGUGGACAAAUUCCACCAUAGGUGGUUAUGAACGUCGCUUUCUGCCUUCGUUCCAAAUGAGCGAAUCUGUCAUAAUUUGAAAAGAAAGGGUGCGUUCUUCACAAACUGUACUGUUGCGCAUCCCAUGACAGGCAGCCGUUUGAAUUGUAUCAUGGCGGGUCAUAAUUGAAGGCAUACUGGUGCUGCGAGGCUAUAUUAAUAUACGAAUAUCACUAACGAUUUCGUCGUUUGGUUUCUGGUGUGGUAAUUAAACGUUUCCUUUUGGAAUCCAA